CGAGAGGAGAUGUUUUAUUUAACUGUUCAUUUCAAAUGAAGACAUAAUUCGUAAUAGGAGGCCACAAUGAAGUUUGAGAAUGUUCUUGCUGAUAUCAACGGGUUUGGAAGGUUCCAGAUCAUGAUCAUUGCGAUCAGCUUUCUUGGCCGCAUUACGCUGCCCUGCCACUUCAUGCUCAACAACUUCAUAGCGGCUGUUCCUGCUCACCGCUGUGAUAUCAGCUCUCUGGAUGAUGGAGGUAUUUUUAUGAAUUUAUCUCAUGCACAGAAGCUUAUCGUUAGUGUUCCUAUCCAACAGGAUGGGACUCCGAGUUCUUGUCAAAUGUUUGUGGAUCCUCAGUAUCAUCUGCUGUUGAACUCCACUAACAUUACUGAAAUUCCCACUGAGCCAUGUCAGAAUGGAUGGGUGUAUGAAAACACAACCUUCAAGUCUACUAUAACUUCACAGUGGGACCUGGUGUGUGACAGACGAGGAAAAAACAAAGCAACUGCUACAAUCUUCUUUGUUGGAGUUAUGUUUGGAGCAAUGACUUUUGGAAGUCUCAGUGACAGGUUUGGUCGAAAGAUCAUGCUGCUGGUCUCAUACGUGUCUGGAAUGCUCUUUGCUAUUGCAAGUGCAUUUUCUACCACCUACGUCAUGUUCGCAGUGCUGAGGUUUUUCACUGGGUUUUGCAUCACUGGGAUCGUCAUCGUCUCAACAGUGCUCAGUGUGGAGUGGGUGGACAUUGAGCAUCGUAAAAUGGUGGGAGUGAUGGAUAGCCUAUCAUGGACAUUUGGGAACACAGUAUUUGCAGCCAUUGGCUAUUUUGUAACUGACUGGCGGUGGCUGAUCGUGGCCGUUACAUCACCUUUAACUCUGGCCAUCAUCACCUGGAGAUGGAUGCCAGAGUCAGCUAGGUGGCUCAUUGCUAAUGGAAAGCUGGAACAGGCUCAAAUGUAUCUGAAGAAAUGUGCCAAAAUGAAUGGAACAGAAGAGCUGACUGACACACUUAAAAGAGAGACAUUAUCUACUAUUGUUGUGACAGAAAAGACAGACCGUACUUAUUCCUACCUUGACUUGAUACGAACACCUAAGAUGAGGAAAUUGGCCUUGCGUACUGGUAUAUUAUGGUUUUGUGUGGCUGCCACAUUUUAUGGCAUCAGCUUCAACAUCGCAGGAUUUGGGCUCAAUAUCCACCUCACGCAGUUCACCUAUGCUUUAGUUGAGGUCCCCGCCAAAGUGUCAAUUUACUUUUUACUGGAUAGGAUCGGCAGGCGGACCACUCAGGCAGGAGCUCUGCUGUUGGCUGGACUCAGUCUUGGAAUCAGCACUGCCAUCCCAAAAGAUAUGACUGUCACCAGAACAGUUGUUGCAGUCAUUGGAAAGGCGUUUUCUUCAGCAUCCUUUGCAACUGUCGUGCUGUACAGCUCUGAACUGUAUCCUACUGUAAUAAGGCAAAAUGGAAUGGGUUACAACUCUUUCAUGGGUCGGUUUGGUGUAGCUGUGGCUCCUCUGAUCCUCUUACUGGAUGAGAUCUGGAAGGAACUGCCGCAGAUGGUCUUGUGCUCUGCAGCUGUAGUAGGAGGAGUGGUGGCAAGGACACUGUCAGAGACGCGCAAGAGGUGUCUACCAGAAACUAUAGAUGAUAUUGAACAGACGCAGUAAUGACUGAGGUCAUUCCUAGGUUUUGUUUUUACUAAGUUUGGAAUAAGGUAUACUUCUAAGUUGCUUGCUGUAAGAUAACAUAGAUGCUUAUUUGGAUUAUAUUUAUAUCAUGAUUCCCAAAUGUCACCUUUUGCUUGUUGCAGCUGAACUUUCCUACUGUCAGUUUGGAACAUGCAUGAAAAAAAAUGU